UGCAGCGAUUGCAGCGUCGGCAGUGUCAAGAAGUUGCCCCUGGCCUCUUCGUUUUUCAAUUCACCCGAGAUUCGAUUACAAGGUUUAUUUAUCAAAACCAGAAAGUUUACCUAUCAAUGAAUGGAUAAAUUUACAAAGCAAUUAUAAAAUAAUGUUGUGAGUCAACGCUAAAUAGAAGACCGAACGCGGCGAAGAAAGACGUGUUUUAUUCACAGAAAACUGAUAUUUAUAUAGCUUCAUUGACUAUAAAAUGCCUUUUGUUAACAUCAAAAAGCAAUAUCUUGCAUUCGGGAUGUUGGUUUUUGUUGUAUUAUUUUUAUUUAAUAGUCGACCAGCUAUUCAAUGUCAGUUUACACCAGAAGUAUCAACGUAUGUACCUACAAUAUACGGGAUAACUCCGACGUACGCUAGACUUGCCCAAAAGGCCGAUCUUACAAGGUUGUCACAGACAUUGAUGCUGGUGAAGAAUUUUCAUUGGAUUGUAAUUGAGGAUUCUGAGACUAAGACCAGUUUGGUUGAAAACUUGCUAAAGGAAUCAACUCUAAAAUAUACACAUCUCAAUGUGAAAACGCAUAAAUCAAAACAUUCAACAGUAAUGGAUGUCAAUAUAUGUGUUUUUAAAACAGAAACAAUCACCACUAGUUGGUACUGCGCUAGCGGAGUAGAGCAAAGAAAUGUUGCCCUCAAUUGGCUUAGAGGACAUUUAAAAGAUUCUGAUGACAAACGAGGAGCUGUUUAUUUUAUGGAUGAUGAUAACACAUACUCCUUAAAAGUCUUUGAUGAGAUGAGAAAAAUAAAGAAAGUAGGUGUGUGGCCUGUGGGUAUUGUAGGUGGAAUGCGAGUUGAGAUGCCUCUAGUCACGGACGGGAAGGUCUCUGGUUUCAAUGCAGUCUGGAAACCAUUUAGACCGUUCCCUAUUGAUAUGGCUGGCUUUGCAAUAAAUGCCACUCUAUUUUUGCUUCAUCCAGAGGCAAAAUUUUCAAGAAAAGUUCAAUCUGGGUUUCAGGAAAGCGAAAUACUGAAAUAUGUUACAACAAAAGACGACUUGGAGCCAUUAGCAGAGAAUUGUACAAAGGUAUAUGUAUGGCACACACGCACACAAAAACCUUCUAUACUUAACCCUAAGAAAUUAAAACACCCCCCACUACCUGAUGAUCAUAUUGAAGUCUGAAUUGACAAUAAAUUAAUUUCGGACUAAACUGUAUUAAAUAUUAAGCGUUGAUCGCUUUGUCUAGUGUAAUAAUAAUCUCAACUUUUUAAUGCAGUAAAGGUUUUAAAUGUCGAUGGUAAAUAUUAAUAUUUCCAAAAAGGAUUUAUAUUAUCUGUCUAAUGUAGGAAUAAUAUACGUUUAAAUCAUUGUUGAACUGCCAUUGCAUUUACGUGAGAUGUCAUUAAAAUUAUGAAUCAUAUUUAUUCUUAAAUAAUUUCCAAAACAUACCA